UAGCCGCUAGCCAAUGAUGUUUGCACUGCAACUAGCCUGCUAGCUAAUUUGAUAACCUGUGUGACAGUAGACACACACCGGCUGCUCAUGUGUUGUUUUUUUAAAAAGUAUAUCUUCAUAAACGUAUCGCUUAAAAUGGCUGUACUAUUACCGAAAUAGCAGACGAGCUUGUUUCUGUAGCUACACGAUGUUUGAUGAGAAAUUUACGGAAAAUAAUGGAGCUGAUGUAUAGCUGGAGGAUUUUAGCAUGCACGCUAAUAAUAUGCACAAUGCUGGUUUAAUGUUGGCUUUCUGAUCGAAAAAGUUUUGUCCCACAUACUGCCGCUAAUUGUACAGAGGCCAGUAGAAGACCGUGUGGAUCAGACAUCAACAAGCAUGGAGUUCCCGCAACAGCAGAAACCGGCGGGGGACGGAAAGAUCGUCUACCCGCCCGGAGUCAAAGAGAUCACGGACAAAAUCAGCAACGAUGAGGUGGUCAAACGGUUGAAGAUGGUGGUGAAGACCUACAUGGACAUGGAUCAAGAUUCUGAAGAGGAGAAACAGCAGUAUCUCGGCCUGGCGCUCCACCUCGCCUCAGAGUUUUUCCUCAGGAACCCCAAUAAAGACGUACGGCUACUAGUAGCCUGCUGUCUGGCUGACAUCUUCAGGAUCUAUGCCCCCGAGGCCCCCUACACCUCACACGACAAACUCAAGGAUAUCUUCCUGUUCAUCACUAGACAGCUAAAGGGACUGGAAGACACCAAGAGCCCUCAGUUCAACAGAUACUUCUACCUGCUGGAGAACCUGGCGUGGGUUAAGUCAUACAACAUAUGCUUUGAACUGGAGGACUGCAAUGAGAUCUUCAUCCAGCUUUUCAAAACGCUCUUCUCUGUCAUCAAUAACAGCCAUAACCAGAAAGUGCAGAUGCACAUGAUGGACCUGAUGAGUUCUAUCAUCAUGGAGGGAGACGGAGUCACACAGGAGCUGCUGGAUACCAUCCUCAUUAACCUCAUCCCUGCACACAAGAAUCUGAACAAACAAGCGUAUGAUCUUGCCAAGACUCUGCUGAAGAGGACCGUCCAGACUAUAGAGACGUGCAUCGCAAACUUCUUCAAUCAGGUUUUAGUGAUGGGCAAAUCAUCAGUCAGUGAUCUAUCAGAGCACGUCUUUGACCUCAUCCAGGAACUGUUUGCCAUUGACCCUAUGCUGCUUACCUCUGUAAUGCCACAGCUGGAAUUCAAACUCAAGAGCAAUGAUGGGGAAGAGCGUCUGGCUGUUGUACGGUUACUAGCAAAGUUGUUUGGGGCCAAAGACUCAGAGCUGGCCUCACAGAACAGACCGCUGUGGCAGUGCUUCUUAGGACGGUUCAAUGACAUCCAUGUUCCAGUUAGGCUAGAGUGUGUAAAGUUUGCCAGCCACUGCCUCAUGAACCACCCAGACCUGGCCCGAGACCUCACAGAGUAUUUGAAGGUGCGUUCCCAUGACCCAGAGGAAGCCAUUCGUCAUGAUGUCAUUGUCACCAUUAUCAACGCUGGGAAGAAGGACCUUAACCUGGUCAAUGACCAGCUGUUGGGCUUCGUACGGGAGAGGACCUUGGACAAGAGGUGGCGUGUGCGUAAGGAGGCCAUGAUGGGCCUGGCUCAGCUUUUUAAGAAAUACUGUCUGCACCACGAGGCCGGGAAGGAGUCUGCCCUGAAGAUCAGCUGGAUCAAAGACAAGUUGCUGCACAUCUACUAUCAGAACAGCAUCGAUGACAAGUUAUUAGUAGAGAAGAUCUUUGCCCAGUACAUGGUCCCUCACAGUCUCGACACAGAGGAGAAGAUGAAGUGUCUCUAUUACCUGUAUGCCUGCCUGGACACAAAUGCUGUCAAGGCUCUGAAUGAGAUGUGGAAGUGUCAGAACAUGCUGAGAGGUCUGGUCAAAGAGCUGCUGGAUCUCCACAAGCUGCCAGUGUCCGAGGCCAAUAACACAGCCAUGUUUGGGAAGCUGAUGAGUAUCGCCAAGAACUUGCCAGACGCAGGAAAGGCUCAGGACUUCAUGAAGAAGUUCAACCAGGUUCUUGGUGAGGACGAGAAGCUCAGAGUCCAGCUGGAGAUGCUCAUCAGCCCGACCUGCUCCUGCAAACAGGCUGAGAUCUGUGUGAGGGAGAUCACUCGGAAGUUAACGUUCCCCAAACAGCCCACCAACCCUUUCCUGGAGAUGGUCAAGUUCCUGCUGGAGCGCAUUGCCCCCGUCCACAUCGACUCUGAGGCAAUCAGUGCGCUGGUGAAGCUGCUUAAUAAGUCCAUUGAGGGCACGGCUGAUGAUGAUGAGGAGGGCGUUACCCCAGAUACAGCCAUUCGCUCUGGGCUGGAACUACUCAAGGUCCUGUCGUUCACACACCCCACAGCGUUCCACUCAGCAGAGACCUACGAGUCUCUUCUGCAGUGUUUGAAGAUGGAAGAUGACAAGGUGGCUGAAGCAGCCAUCCAGAUAUUCAGAAACACUGGACAGAAAAUCGAGACAGAGUUACAACAAAUAAGAUCGACUCUGAUUCCCAUCCUUCAUCAGAAAGCCAAGCGGGGGACGCCUCACCAGGCCAAGCAGGCCGUCCACUGUAUCCAUGCCAUCUUUAACAACAAGGAAGUGCAGCUGGCACAGAUUUUUGAGCCUCUGUCACGCAGUCUGAACGCAGAUGUCCCAGAGCAGCUGAUCACUCCCCUCGUGUCCCUGGGUCACAUCUCCAUGCUGGCCCCAGAUCAGUUUGCUUCACCGAUGAAAUCUAUAGUGGCGAACUUCAUUGUCAAGGACUUGCUCAUGAAUGACAGGUCGGUGGGAAACAAGAACGGGAAGCUGUGGACCACUGAUGAGGAAGUCUCACCUGAAGUUCUAGCUAAGGUGCAGGCCAUCAAGCUGCUUGUGCGUUGGUUACUAGGAAUGAAGAACAACCAAUCCAAGUCGGCAAACUCGACCCUGCGCCUGCUGUCAGCCAUGCUGGUCAGCGAGGGAGAUCUCACAGAGCAGAAGAAGAUCAGCAAGUCAGACAUGUCUCGUCUGAGGCUGGCUGCAGGUGGAGCCAUUAUGAAGUUGGCCCAGGAGCCCUGUUACCAUGACAUCAUCACGCCUGAGCAGUUCCAGCUCUGCGGUCUUGUUAUCAACGAUGAGUGCUACCAGGUUCGUCAGAUCUUUGCUCAGAAGUUGCACUUGGCUCUUGCUAAACUGAUGCUGCCACUGGAGUAUCUCGCCGUUUUCGCCCUGUGUGCCAAGGACCCAGUGAAGGAGCGCCGCGCCCACGCCCGACAGUGCCUCCUCAAAAACAUCUCCGUCCGCAGAGAGUACAUCAAACAGAACCCACUUGCUCAGGAAAAACUUGUCUCCCUCAUUCCUGAGUAUGUUGUUCCCUUUAUGAUCCACCUGCUGGCUCAUGACCCAGACUUCACGAAACCACAGGAAUAUGAACAACUCAAAGACAUCAAAGAGUGCCUGUGGUUCAUGCUGGAGGUACUGAUGACCAAGAACGAAAACAACAGUCAUGCCUUUCUUAGGAAGAUGGUAGAGAACAUCAAACAGACGAAAGAUGCACAGUGUCCUGAGGAUGCAAAGGCCAAUGAGAAGCUGUAUAUUGUCUGUGACGUUGCCCUCUUCGUCAUCGCCAACAAGAGCACUGCGUGUCACCUGGAUUCUCCGAAAGACCCUGUACUACCUUCCAAGUUCUUUCUUGUGCAGGACAAGGACUUCAAAAAUGAUAAAGAGUAUCUGACAACAGAGAUGAGACAAAUGCUGCUCAGCGGAAAGCCUAAACCUGCUCCAGUGUUGGGAGCUGUGAACAAGCCUCUCACAGUACCAGGGAGGAGGAUCUUCACCAAGACCAGCACAGCCUCAGAUACAGCCAGCAACUCAUCCCCACUGAGCUCAACCAUCAACAAGAACAGUAACAGCAACGCUGCCACAGAGUCAGCAGAGAGCCGGACGCAGGAAAACAACGAGAACCCAGUCAUCAAGAAUGAUGAGGUGAAGAAGGAUGAGGCAAGUCAGAAUGCGACCCCUGAUGCAGGAACAGAAGCAUCACCUGUCAAACGGCGCGGUCGACCACCAAAAACAGCUGCUACUGCUCCUGCAGCAGCUGAAAAAGAGGGAGCGGCAGCAACAGGUGGUGGAGCUGGCAGAGGCAGGAAGAGAGGAGCUGACCCCAACUCCAAUCCAUCGGCAGAGUCCGUCAACAUCAAGGUGUCAAAACAGCAGCAGCAGAAUGAUGAAGGGACAAAGAGACAGAUUGACCUGCAGAGCAAAAAAAGUUCUUGGUCCCCUUGAAAAGUUCCUGUGGUGGAAACGCUGCUCUGGAGCAGGACCAGCCGGGGCGAAGAAGUUUCUAAGAAUACUUUAAACCCUGGGCUGAGUGCAGUAUGAAAGGCUCUUUAGACACUCUCACAGGUAAUAAGAACAGAGUGGACUGACUUGCAUCCAAACUUUGUUGUCUUUCAGGUAAAGAGGAAACCUCUGAAGGUGAAAUCACGGCUGUAAAGAAUGGGCCAGACUCUUCUCUUCCCGACCCCUACAUACAUGCUCCUCUGACUCUAAAGCUUUCCUGGAUACAUUAUGGACCUUUCUUAAACCACACACACGUACACACACACACACACACCACUGACAUCCUAGAAGGUUUAAAACACCUUGUAGUCAUUUGAAGCUCAUUGUAUGUAGGUCUUACUUAAAAAUGUUAUUGUUUUCCUUUGUGUUUGUUGCUCUUUGCUUCUUUUGUGGAGCCAUUUUUAAGAAAAAAAACAGGAUGGACAUUUUACAAACGUUUUAAUCUGGUUAUGAUUGUUGCUUAUUAAACUCCCUGGGAAAAAAAUCCUACUGUACGUCUCCUGACCUCUUCCUCCUAGUGUCUCUGCUGCACAAUAUUUUUUAUUUCAAGCUCACCAGUUGUAUUUUGUAAAUACCCAUGUGCAAAUUUACAGUUUUUGAAUAUCCAAGAAAACUUAAAAAAAAAAAAAAAAAGACUGCAGCAAAGGGUUAAAAUAGGGGAACGUCAGCACACAAGAUUUGUGUAUUUAACAAAUGGACUGGCACCAAAAUUUUAUAAUCUUUGUUUCUUAGGUUUCUAACUUCGCUUUGUUUAGGUGCUUUAGCUCGGUAAUAGUGUCACAAGGCCAGGUAGAAACUCUUUGAGGCUUCCUAACUGCCACCUGUAAUGUUUUUGAAGGCCUUCUGAUUUCUUUCCAGUGUGUUAAUGGACAAAUUUAAAAUGUCAAACAUUUCUAGAUACUGUGUUCAAGCGGUUUGCCUGCUCCUCUCAUAAGACUGGUCAGGAGCUCUGAAAUGGAGCUGGGUUUGACUUACUUUUUUUUUUUUUUUUUACUGCUGAAGUAUGUAACAUUACUUCACUUUGGAAUGCAUAAAUGAUAUAUUACUAUACAAGUCUGUGUUCAGGUUUUUGUCAUCUUUUACAAUUAAAUAUUUUUUGUACUUUUUGUCACUUGCUUUGUUGGGUACGGCCUGCUUUUAAGCAUUGAGUGAGUGGAAACCUUGCGGGUUGUGGUGAUGACUUAUUUUUGAUGUAGUUAAAAGUAUGCCUAUUCUCAUGAUCAUAUUUAAAUUUUUUUUCCAGAAAAUAAAUGCUUUUAG